CGGAAGACGUAAACACGACACACUAAUAACACUGCUGACAUAAUUUUGCAUAAAAUUUUUCAAAUGAACAUUUAGCGCAUUAAUUUUGAUAUCGCCAAUUAUUACUCGAUAGUCAUUUGGUAGUACACGCGCUGACUGUGUUAUUAUUGAUUCUGUUUUAAUUUGUGUUGGCUUCGCUUACUCAGGACCAAAAAUGUCAGUGAACCCGCAAUCUGACACCGACUGGGACACCGUGACAGUUCUCCGUAAGAAAGCACCCAAGCCAAGCGAACUGCGGACCGCGCAGGCGGUGAACCAGGCUAUGCGAUCAGGUGGACAAGUUGAUACCACGAAGAAGUUCGCAGCGGGCUCAAACAGACAGCACCAGACCGCUAAAAACACCGCAAAACUGGAUGCAGAAACCGAGGAUCUCCAUCACGACACGAUUGGGAUCGACGUUGGUCGAAUCAUCCAACAAGCGCGCAACGCCAAGGGCUGGACGCAGAAGGAUCUCGCCACCCGGGCCAACGAAAAACAGCAAGUUAUCAACGAGUAUGAAGCGGGUAAAGCCAUUCCAAACAACCAGGUUAUGAACAAACUGGAAAGACUUCUGGAAGUUAAGCUGCGUGGAAAGGAUAAAGGGUCACCUUUGGAACCGAAAGUUCCGAAGAAGCCUGCCGCAGCCGCCGGAUGUCAAAUUAAGCAUGCAAUCGGUACAGGUAAACGGAACAGUAGUUAAAUAUUCGUUCUUUUGGGACCUUUUUUGAGCCUUGUGGGUCUGCCGCUUGCGUAAAGAGGAAUGGCUCAAGAUUUCCAAAUAUUGGCCUCUCGAUUGGCCAAGGAGCCUUUCAACAGGAAGGUGUCAAUUCUGGAUUUGGAUUCCCUCGACGGAGCGACAGCCGUUAAUUUUCUCAAUGAUAUUUUCGCCGAACUGGACGCCAGUCAAAAAAGAUCCAUUGAGGAUGAGUCACCACAGGAAAGUGCAAUUCGGAUCUUCACCUUUCUGCGGAUGAUUCGUUACCCUUCACCUGAAACUGCUGAGGAAAGGUCAGUUUGGAGACAGGAAGUGAUAGAAGGCCGUCGUCGCACAGUUUUGCCUAUUCUCUUGUGGAUUGUUCAAAACGUUCCCACAAUACAGCAGCGCUUGUACUUGGCAAAAUUCCUGACGCGGGUGGAUGUUCCAAAUGAAAUUCGCACUGAUUCAGAAAUCAACGCAUUGUACGAAGAGCAAGAGAAUGCCAUCACCCAGUUUGCCGCUGUUCAUAAGCAGUACGCUCAUUUGAAAGCUAACGCCGACGAGGUGGAGCGUAUACGCAAGGAGAUCCGUGACCUUCGCGCACAGAAGGAGCAAGCGGAGAAGCGCGUAGCCGAACUGCUCGUGCGAGUGCGCGAAAUGCCGGGGAAAGUGGAUGAAAAGGAGACUCGAAUGUCUCUGGCUCGAACUCUCCGGGAAGAACGGGAUAUUGCCGUCCAGUUGGCCAAUAAGCGAACCGAACUGAUACAUCUGGCGCCGAUUCAAACGGAACAGAUCAGUCGGUUGCAAGAGUAUACGAACAAGAUCACGGAUGAUUGGCUGGACAUGACACCGGAAAAAUUAUUCAAACGACUGGAAGAUAGGCUAGCGAUUCAGCGCAGAGCUGUGCACGAUGUGUUGCCUAAAGCUAUUGAGCAGGAGAAAACCAUCGUUACCGAGUUAGCAGAGCUGCUGGACCAAACGGAUUUUACCGACAGAAAUCUCAACGAAUUACGGAUAAAAGCGCAAAUGCUCCAGACGGAAGUGUUCAACCUUUCCGACAAGUUACGCAGUGUCAACCAGAAUUCAGCCCUGCAGGCCCAAUUAAAUCUUUACCGUAGCCAAUCGGAAGCGGCCGAGCACAAAAAACACGAUCUGGCUAAACGGAAUGAUACUUUGUAUAAAGAGGUGCGCGAGCUGGAGAAGCGAGCCAAACAGCAUCGGAUGGGAGAAGGCGACGAUGUGGAUGUGACUGCCUUGUCGCUUAGUAUCGCGCGCAGCAUGGACGACUAUGACCGGAAGACGCAAACUAUCCAGGCGCUUCAAGCGGAAAUUGGCAUCAUGGCGCGAACGAAGGCGAUUCUUAAUGCAGAAAAUGAUCGCAUCGAAGCUGUUCUGGGAGAAUGGGAAAAACGCACUGGACAAUCUCCUUUUAAAGAGACAUCAGUCGAAAGUAAGACCACUAUUAAACUAGAUGCUGGAUCGCUAACAAACAACAUACGGGAACUGGAACGACGGAUCGCCAGUAAAAAGAACGACAUAUCGGCACUGCUGACGGAAUUGCAGCCAAUACGAGAAGCCAGUAAAGCGCAGCAAGAGCAGGCGAACGCACAGCGAGAUAAAUUCCGAGCUGAGAUGAAACGAUAUUCUGGACCGUUGGAGAAGCUAGAAAAAGACAGCACGCAGCUUCACACUGAAGUCGGUGAUCUGGAAGACAAGCUAUUUAAAAAGCAGUACGAGUUACAGUACAGCGAUAUUCUGCUGAAACGAGCAGAAGAAAAUAAAAAGACGGAAAAAACCAGCAAAAUGCUACAAGCAAGCAUUGAUUCGGAAACAUCAAAAUUAGCUGAAUUACAGCAGCAACAAGAGAAUCUGAAGAUAUCUCGUGCUGAGAAUAAUCAUCAGUAUUCUGCCUGGAGAGACCUGAACCAGCUUUUCGAUAUGAAGAUGGAAAAUAUUCAACGAGAUCUGGAGAAGGUGGAAAGCAAUUCACGGAGGCGUGAUAGUACUGGGCGGGAACGUGAUCGUAUUGUUAUGUCUUGAGAGCUGGAACUUCUGGUUGAUCUCGCCGCUUUCGCUGGCGGUUUUAUUUUGUCAAUGAUUUACCUAUUGUCUCUUUAAUAUUGCAACAAGGUACCCAUGUCUGCCAGGACUAGCCAGCUCUAUAACUGCAAUAAAUGUAAAACAUUUUGUCGAAGAUUGUUGAUUACCAAAUUGCAAGCCGUUUAACUGAGAUCGUUUUAUCUCUUUUUAUUAGUUGAAAAUGCGAAGUACAUUGU